AUGCACGUCCUGCUGGUCUUCAUGGUCCAAGUCCAGUCUGAAGCGGCCAGUGUGGGGAUCAUCCUACCCCUUCCGCAUGAUAUUCCUGUCCUUGCCCAAGUGGAAAUACAUCUUGCGACAGCUCGCACUGUGGAAGCCGGCCGUUGGAUGGUCCCUCGGAUUGCUGACCACCUUCCUGCUGUCAUUCCUCGUGGUUUGACUGCGUGCGUUCUGUACGAUGACCCCACUGUCUGCGAGGACUUCAGUUUGGGUCACCCACUGGAUGGUCUCCCUGACAUUGAUGUGCAGUCGUCCUGUCCCCAUUUCCCUGAGAUCGCAUUCCUUAGUUUUGCUAUAUUGCCAUCAGGAACCUUGCACCUUCAGGUUGAGACAUUGCGCAAUGCGGCCUGCGAACUGUACGAUGUCAUGCACGGGAUCACCGGUAGAUGCGAGUUGGCGGAUGGUACUUUGAGGCGGUUGCGGAUCAUAGUUGAGGAGUUAGAAAUAGCAUUCGGGCUCGUAGCAUUCCCUCGUCCGAUAACCAGCUUCCAAUUGCUGUCGGACUAG